AUGUGCGUCACCACGGAUACUGAUCGAUUCCCUCUCAUUCACCUCACCAGCUGCCACGCCGCCGCUGCCGCCGCUACCUGGCCGACUUGAGUGAGCAUAGGGCACGAGCGGAAGAAAGGACACUGAGUGCGUGGCAGUGAGUGCAGCAUCCCCAUAGGAGCAUCACAACUUGGGAGACGCCGCAUCCGAGGCAGGGGACACACACACACACGCCAUGACCGCCUGGGGAAGGGUGGGGGCUGUGCUCUGCUGCCUGGCAUGUGUCUCCUCUCAGGGCGCACCAGCCUCAGACUAUCUCGAUGACAACUUCCUGUACGAGAUGAGGAGCCUCCUGGACAACCCCGAGUCCUGGCGGGGUGUGUCAGGGGGCGGCCACCCCCGCGCCGUGGAGCGCUGGGGGCCGGGGAUUCAGCUGGGCCAAGUGUCUGGGGUGUCUGUUGACCCUCAGGGCAGACCCGUCAUCGUCCACCGCGGACCCCGCGUCUGGGACCAGAGGAUGUUCAACGCCACGCACCACUACCAGGGGGAGGAGGCGGCCAUCGGGGAGGACGUGGUGCUGGUGCUGGACCCGGAGUCUGGGUCUGUGGUGCGGUCCUGGGGCGCCGGCCGCUUCCUGCUGCCCCACGGGGUGACGGUGGACCAGUGGGGCAACACCUGGCUGACGGACGUCGCCCUCCACCAGGUGUUGAAGUUCACUCCCAGCGGGGAAGAGCCACAGCUGGCACUAGGAGAGGCGAGGAUUCCCGGCAGCGACAACACUCACUUCUGCAAGCCCACCAGUGUCGCUGUGGCAUCAUCCGGCGACUUCUUCGUGGCGGACGGCUACUGCAAUGCCCGCGUAAUGAGGUUCGCUCCUGAUGGCAUGCUGAAGGACACGUUCGGCCGCCGCGGCAGGGACGGAAGCCCCAGCGCUCUGUACGUGCCACACGGCCUGGCCCUGGACGAGACCCUGGACGCCCUGUGUGUGGCGGACAGGGAGAACAGGCGUGUGGUGUGCGUGCGGGCCGGUGUACAGGAGCCUGAGGAGUUCGGCGAGCACCUGCGCACCCUCCAGGACCCUUACCACGGCAGGGUGUUCGACGUGGCCGCCACCAACGGGGCUCUGGUGGGCGUGGGCGGCAGCGAGGGGGAGAGCGCCGCGAUGGGCUUCACCGCAGACCUUCGUGACGGACAGCUGAAGGACACGUGGCGGCCCUCCCGAGGCUUCCACAACCCGCACGCCGUGGCCCUCAGCAGGGACGAGACGGCCAUCUACGUGGCCGAGAUUGGCCCCAACCGGGUAUGGAAGUUCAUCGUAGACAACAACGGCAAGGGAACCCGGCCCAAGUACUGAAGAUCACCGCUCACUGCAGCCCUUGUGCCCGGCCUCGCCCUGCCUCCCACGGCCUCAGGAUGUGCAUUCAGGCUUCGUUUCUAGUGGUCUUACUCUGCCACACAAGCAUUUCUGUGACGGUGACAUUCUCUUCUUACUCUUCUUACUCGGAGUCAAGGAAGAGGCCGGCAAGACGCCAUAACAUGACGCCUUGCCGGCCACUGGUGUUUACAUUAUCACAUAUUAGGUGAUUAUGUAAUAACCUGCACACUGUUAAUGAAAGGAUUUUUUUUUCUUUUGUGAUCUUCCCCUAACAAUGUAUGUUUUUAAUCACUAGCCAUCAAUAUUUUAUUACAUGGCCCUUCUUGUGUAAUUCCGGCGAGGCUGAGUCACCUCACCUGUACAGUAUCAUUGUGCAGGUUAUUCUAUACCAGAAAAAGAAAUAGAGAAAAAAGUCGCUGAUAUUGCGUGCCGCUGUGAGAGUUGGGACGUGUUAACAACGGUUAGGUGGAUUGAAGACGUAGUGGAUGGCUGGUGAAGCGUGAUUGCACGUGAUACACUGGCCGUCGGCUCCUCCAGCAGCUCAUCCAGUUCUAGUUCUUGAGUAUGGACGAGAUUUCACUGCAAACACGUAUUGGAGUUAGUAUGUUCUUAAAUAUUAAUAUGAUCUGUUUUACAAAUAGAAACAUUGAUCAACUGACGAUGUAUGACUUUUCAAGUCUUAUGAGAAACUUGCUUUUUUUAUUGUGUAUCACUCAUGAGACACUCAUAAACCAACCCAGCUUAAUUACAAUCGCUAUACGUAUAUCUUUGUUGACUCCUAUUGUAUGAAUAUAUUAAGGCGACAACGCACUUUCCUCAAGCCAAACAGACGCAUCACUCUCUUGAACACAUCCGUGCAAUACUCAUAACCAAACCUCAUUACACUAGCUUUAUACAGUACCUUCGUUGAGUCCCACUGUAUGAGUACUGCACAACUGAAGGUGACAACGCACUUUCCUCAAGCCAGACAGACGCAUCAUUCUUUCGAACACACUGGUGCGACGUUCACAACUCAAUUACAAUGGCUAUAUACCUUCGCUGACUCGUUUCUUCCCACUGUAUGAGUAGUAUAAUGCUGAGCACUCUCCUCAGGCCAGACAGACGCAUCAUUAUUGAACAGAGGUCAUAGAGGAGAGCACAACCAUAUCAAUGUCUCAAGUGACAGGUAGGGAGAUAAGGAGAGUUGUCACCUUGCAGCCGGCAGGAGGGGAAGGAAGGGUGGCAGUCCUACCCCGUGUGUGUGUGUGUGUGUGUGUAUGUGUGUGCUACAGUGCUCUUCGCCACUCCUUGAGAAUUAAACAGGCGAAGAUUUAAAAAUGCAUACAUAUGUAUAUUUAUUUAUGCAUUUAUUUGUGUUGUGUCUAAGUAUGUGGCUUAUAUCUUGUUUUUUUUUUCCCUUAUUCUUGUGGCUGGGACAUUAUUGGAUAGAUGAGAGAGAGAGAGAGAGAGAGAGAGAGAGAGAGAGAGAGAGAGAGAGAGAGAGAGAGAGAGAGAGAGAGAG